UCUUCCGAACGUCAGAGAAGAAGACGCUCCAAGAUGGCGGACAGCGGGCCCAGCAGCGGAACCGGACCUCCGGCUGACCCAGAUUCGGGGGUCCUAAAGCUGCCGGAGCUUUUGGAGCUUGGCUGGAAGAUCUUCGAGGAGGUGGACCACACGAACGAGCCCAUGAACUCCAUCAGCGUGCAGGACCGGGUGAGGCGCGGCGUCAGUGCGCUGGAGGAGGCGGCGGCCAUGGUGGCGCAGCUGGAGCUCUUCAGCCGCAACGAGGAGCUGGAGGAGGUGGCCACGGCCGACCUGCGCUUCCUGCUGCUGCCCGCGCUGCUCGGAGCGCUGCGGCUCAAGCUGAGCGACCGCGCCGGGCGGCUGCAGCACCUGCACUCCGCCCGGGAGCUGUUCCUGGACUUCCUCCGGAGGUGUAAGGACUACGGCCUCUGCAAAAGCGACCUCCCCGAACCCGAGGCCGGUAGUCCGGAAUCUGAGACUGAACCCGGACACGCAGCCCAGUCUGGUCCUGUGGGUCAGCCAAGCCUGGCUGCCAUGGCAACGAGGAGGCAGGAUAAAAUUGAGCAGUACCGGCAGAAGAAGGAGCUGGAGGCCCGGCUGUCCGAGCUCCAGAGGGCGGUGGAGGGCGGACAGGCCGACGACGAGGUCACCAGAGAGUUCCACCUGCUGCGCGUGCGCAGAUGGGUGGCGGUGUGUCUGGAGGAGCUGCAGAGCAUAGACCUGGAAAUGCAGGUCCUCCAGAGCCAGGAGUUCAUGAAGCAGGGGUCAUCUAAACCCCCGUCCCAUCGUGGAAGGCAGCCCAUGAAGCCCUUCAUCCUCACCAGGGACGCAGCCCAGGCUCAGGUGUUCGGCGCCGGGUACCCGAGCCUCCCCACCAUGACAGUGAAUGACUGGUACGAGCAGCACGCCAAACACGGACAGCUGCCUGACCAGGGUAUCCCGAGGAGGCAGACACCGGAGGAUAGCGAGGACAAUGAGGAGGAGGAGAAGGAAGACGAGCAGUCCCUGCAGAAGGCCAGGGAGUGGGACGACUGGAAGGACAACCACCGCAGAGGCUACGGGAACCGCCACAACAUGGGCUAACUGUGGUCAUCCAGAACGGGACGACAUCCCUGUAAUCCUGAAAAACUGAAUGUUAGAAACAGGGACGGCGCUGUGGCUCUGGACAAUCUGUUAAACGGGGCCUCUUGUAAGCUCAUCUGGAUGGAAAAAAGAAACAAGACAAUGCUUGACCAAUCAGAGGAGCAGGCUCUGGUUGAGGCGGGACUUUGAAAUCAGUGCCCCUCCCUCAUGGUUUUGUCAUGUUUCGAGUCCAGCCACCGCUGUUGUCUGGUGAGGUGUAGACCAUCAGGUGUUUGCCGAUGGUGUGAACACCUGCACCAUCAUCUGUUAUGUGGGUGGGACUUUGUUUAUGUGUCAUCCUGGUUGUUGACUGUUGAAGUGGGCGGGGGUUUAACUAUAUUAGGUGGGAUUUAAAUGGAUUCGGCUGCGUAAAUGGGCACUAAACACAUGCACAUGAUGGAUUCCAUUUUUUUCCUACGAGAGGAGGAAGAACAGCUGGAGAAGAACCUUUUUGGUCCAUGUUUCCUGGGAUGUUUGGUUCUGCUUGUGUCUACGCCUUACAGCUGUCAGGUGUGCCACCUGACUUGCCUUGCCCCUGCUCACCUGUUAGUUUUAUUUUUGUUUGUUUGGAGCUGUAGGCAGAUCUGACCCAAAUAAACAUGGAGACUUUGACGUCUGA